GAAAAAAUUAAGUAGUUUGAGUUUUCACAGGUAGGAAAUGACAGAGCUAUGAUUUGAAUAAGGCAGUUCGGUACUAGAAUCCAUGUACUUAACCACAAUGCCUGAAGCAUAAUUCUGAACUGGGCAAUCAAAAGGGGAUCACCCACAUUUCACUGUGUGAAGCAUGAAUUGCCUGAUGGAGGAAAUUUUUUUGGGUUCUAAAUUCAGGGAGAAGGCUGUUAAGCCAGGGCCUCUGUGGGGGAUGGGAGUUCUUUGUUCUGUGAUGCAGUGAUGACCUCAGGGUAAACUGCCACAAGGCUAAGGGAAAUGGAAUGGCUGCUGGAGGACCUGCUUGGGGCUAAGGGGGAUAUGGGGCUUCUCUGGGGCCAACUGACCCAUGCCCUAGCCUGCAGACACUGCGGCAGCAGCUGCUUCCAGAGUCUAGGAAAUCUGGACCUACCACUUCUGCACCAUGUGGCCUUCCUUGAUCACCUGUGUAAGCAGAAAUCAGAAGUGGAGGAAGAAGGGGAAGAAGAGGAGGAAGAGGGGGAAGACGAGGCAUCUCUGGAUCCACUGAAGCCAUGUUCUCCUACCAAAGAAGCUCCCACUGGAGAGCAAGCCACUCCAGCCCCACCCCAGCCAUCCUGUGGUUCUGAGGGCCUCCUCAAGGCUAUAGGCGUACCAGAGCAAACAGUCAUGCAGCCCGUGAGCGCUUCCAGAUCCUUCCCCAUUUUCCAGAUUCUGACCAACUUUCCUGUGAGGCACAAGAUAGCAUCAGGGAACCACCGGCAGCAGAGAAAAAGCCAGCUCUUCUGGGGUCUCCCCUCUCUGCACAGCGAGUCCUUGGAGGCCAUCUUCCUGAGCUCAGAUGGCCCCUCUCCUCUGAAGUUGUCUGUUUGUUCUUCUGUCUUCUUCAACAAGCUUGCCUUCCUACCUAGGUCCAACCUGUUUCUUCCCCAGUAUCACUCCUCAGCCCAGUUUUCUACCCAUGAGGCCCAUACUAUGGAAGAUCUAGAAAGGAUGGCCCUCGAUCCUCAGCUGCUUCCACCUCCAUCUUCUCCUUCUGUCUCAUCACUACCCCUCCAUCUGAGGCCCUUCCCUGUGGACCACAAGGGAGUUUUAUCUGGCGCUGAGGCACCCACACAGUCCCCUGGAACUAGCCCCCUGGAAGUUCUCCCUGGAUAUGAGACUCAUUUGGAAACCACAGGACACAAAAAGAUACCCCAAGCUUUUGAGCCUCUGAUGCUACCCCCCUGCCAAUCCCCAGCUUCUCUGUCAGAACCCAAAAAAGUUAGCCCUGAAGGAGGACUUGCUAUAUCUAAGGACUUCUUGGGAACCAUGGGAUACAGAGAGGAACCUCAGGCCUCUGAGUCUUCAAUGCCAGUCCCUUGCCCUCCCCUAGACUCCCUGCCAGAACUCCAGGGAGAGAGUUCCCUGAAAGAUCCAUCCAGAUAUAAGCCCCAGUGGGAAUGCAGAGAAAACUCAGGAAACCUCUGGGCUUUUGAGUCUCCGGUCUUGGACCUCAAUCCAGGGUUCUCUGGAACCAGCCCUGAAUGUGUCCCACCAGCAUCUGAGACACCAUGGAAGGGCAUGCAGAGUAGAGAAAAUAUUUGGGUCCCUGCAGACCCAGUUUCACCUCCCAGCCUUCCCUCAGUCCCUCUCCUGGAGUCUCUAGUAAUGGGCCCCCAGGGAGUCCUGUCUGAAUCCAAAGCUUUAUGGGAGACCAUGGGGCAGAAAGAGAACCUCUGGGCAUCUGAUUCCCCAGACCCUGUUCAUAGCACACCUCCAACCUCCCUUACAGAACCACACAGAAUCAAUCCUGGGGAAGGCCUCACUACAUCAGAAGCUACAUGGAAGGACACUGAGCAUUCCAGGAAUUCCUGGGCUUCUAGGUCUCCAUCUCUGGCCCUCAGUCCACCCCCGGCUCUUGCACCGGAGCCGCUCAGAGUUAGAUCCAUGGGGGUCCUGUCUGAUUCUGAAGCUAGAUGUGGGGACAUACAAAAGAGAAAGAACUCCUGGGCCUCUAAGCACCCAGCUUGUAACUUACCCCUAGACCUGCAUGGAGCCAGCCCUCUGGGAGUCUUGUCUGAUUCUCAGUCUAUUGUAGGGGAAAUGGAGCAAAAAGAAAACUGUGUUCCUGUGUUCCCAGGUGGGGGCUCCAGCCCAUCCUCAAACUCUGUUUCAAAGUCCCACAUAAGUGAGCCUAUCGCAGACCAAAGCAACUAUAAGCCUGACGGGGAGGCAGUGGAGCAAAGAAUGAACCACUGGGCCACUGAGCUCCCAGCCCCCAGCUCACUCUCUACUCCUCUACCAGAGCCACACACUGACCUUGAACUUGUACGGAGAAAUGUGCAACAAAGAGAAGUUCCCCAAGGCCCCAGCCCUCCGGCAGUGGAUCCCCUACACCCAGUACCCUGGCCUCCUACCCUAGCUGAAGCUGUGAAGAUUGAACGCACUCAUCCUGGUCUACCCAAGGGAGAGGCAUGCCCAGGGGUUAAGGCAGAGGCCCCACUCUCCCAGAGAUGGACUGCCCCAGAGUUGCUCACCCAUCCUGGGAUCCAUGCCUGGCAGUGGAGUAGAGAGCUGAAACUCAGGCUGAAGAAACUGCGGCAGAGCCCUGCCUCCAGAGCCCCUGGCCCAAGUCAAUCAUUUUGCAGCUCCCCUAUUCUGAGCUCCACAAUUCCAGACUCCUGGGGACUCCCUUCCUGCCCACCACAGCAGAUUUAUCCCCCAAAUCCAUGCCCCCACUCUUUAAGUUCUCAUCCUCAAAAAGUUCAGGGCACAGUACCUCAGCCUGUCCAGUCCUCCCACUGUCAUCACUCCCAAUCCUCUUCCCAGCUUCAGCCACAGGAGUCUGGCAGGACAGAACAAGGGUCUCAGAGAGGGGAGAAAAUGAAGGGGAAGAUGGUGAGCCAGGUCCCAUCCCAAGGGCCAUGUGUACACAUGCAGGCUGGUGUGAACUAUCCAUCUCCAGGCCCAGGAGAACCUUCAACCUCUAAGGUUCUGGUCUCAGGCAAGAGAAAGGACAAGGCUUCAGCCUCAUCCUCAGCCAAAAAGAGAGAGCACCCUAGAAAACCCAAAGCAGGAGACCACAGAGGAGGGACUGCAAGGUUGGGGUUAUCCACGGUCACAGGGAAGAACCACACUGCCCAGGCCAGAAGCCUAGCAGAGGCCCCUGUAAGCACAUUUCCCCAAAGGUCUCAACACAGGGGCCAGAGCUCUCAACACACUACUCUUCCCCAGCUGCUUCUCCCCAAAGCUUUGGGUCCCCAGGAUCAGCCAGAGGCAGGGCGGAGAGCAAGUGACAUCCUGACCCCUCGCCACUGUAACCACUGUCCUUGGGCCCACAUGGAGAAGCAUCUCUCCCCCCCUACCCUCAAGGCUUCCCUUACCAGGGGUUUGCAAAAGGUGUUAGCCAAAUGCCUGGGUAACAAUCGACCCCUACCCACCAAAUCUAGUCAGUAGAGAAAAGGCUGGUAAUACUGGCACUUGGUAUGCCAAGACCUGAAGCCAAACCAGGGGGAAGGUGGGGAUGUGGAGACAAGAAAUGGAAAUUCUAAUAAACUAGCUGAAUUAGACAAAUCCCAUUCAUGUCUUCUUUGGAAUCUAGGGUACUGAAAAUGUCAAUUCCCAAUUCUGCUGCAGCCAUAUCCCCUCAGUUUCAAGUCCCAGAAAUAGAGCACUCAGGAUUCUGCAGGCUUAACUCUCUUUUGUGGAUCUUCACAGAUGAUCACAUCUGGAGUCCACACAUCCCUACUCUACAGAGUGAGGCUACAGGGCCAGGUCAGCAUAGCCCAAACCCGCCCUUGAGAGGGAAUGACUUCACAGCAUGUGAACAAAAAACUACAUCCAUUCGCACGAGCACAGGUAGUCUGAGUCUAGGCAACUGUGCUUGGUCCUGGGUAUUAUUCUCUUCUUCAUCCACUUGACCCAUAUGUUCUCCACCUAUCUUUCUGACCAUUUCUUCUCAGCCCUCUGCUCUUUUCUCCCCCUGGGUCAGCUCAUCCAUCUCCAAUGCCAUGAAAACAAGUGCCUUUUAAUACGUCUAGUAACCAUCUGGAUUUCUAUAAUCACCUGGUCAUAUCCUCUACCCAUUUUCUAAUGCACUAUUUGUUGGACAUCGUAUUAGUUAAUGUAUUAUAGUUUUCUACUGCUGCUAUAACAAAUUACCACAAAACAAAUUUACUUUGUCAGAAGUCUGACACAGAGCCUGGGUGCA